GGAGCAACCCGUUCUAUUUUUCAUGCAUUAGGCGAUUUGUGGCAAAAGCCGAGGACUUGAGUUCAAACUGAAAUUCUAGUCUUUGGGCUGAAACAAACUACUAUCUCUAUCCCAUUUAAAGGUUAUCGUUCACUAUUCUCCGAUCAACGUGCAUUGUUCUUAAUUUUUUACUUUAUAUAUCCAAUAUUUAUCAAAUUCAAAUUUUCUUGAAUAAGCUUUGUAGCGGUUUUAAUGUAAUUUCUAAAUAUGUAAAUUUUAUUUACUAAAAAUAAUUCUACUAAUGACAGGGAUCAGUUAACUUUAUGGUCAGUCAAACGUCGUAAACCGUGUAAGAACGUUUUAAUGACAGGGAUCCCUAUCUCAUUGAGAGAUUGAACACAAAUCAAGUUAGAUCCUCCCCAAAUCCAUUGAAAUAUCACAAGAGUUUUUUAGAAUUUGAGGAGAUCGAUGAAGAAUUGUGGAGGUGUUCGUGUGAAAUUUCCAGAUCUCGAUAUGUGAUUUGGCAACAAACUUCAUCUGCGAUUCUGGAUUUCGAUUUCGAUGUUGUUAAUCCCGUAUCUACCCCAGUGAAAGGGAUUUUCAGAACCUCACUGUCAAUGCCGGGGUCCUAUUUCGUCGCAGGCAGCAGAGAUCUCCGAGAAUUUCAUUGGUUUCAUGCUCGUCGCUAGAACUAGAGCUUUGGACCUCCGCGAUUAAUGGCCUGAAGAAGGAAAAUCGAGCUUAAACCUGUCCCCAGCACUCGAUAUAAGAAGCCUUUUCUGCCGUUAAUGGCGCCCAUCCCUUUUCCGGUGACCAGCAGCGCCAUUGGGAUAGGAGCAUGAGCUCCGCCGCUUUUGGCUUCAGGACUUGUGCGUGGGAUCUCCGACGUUGUUACCACACUCGCCGGAAAGUAGCGGCCAGGCGGGGUUGUUCUUUCUCGUCCAGCAACUCCCAAAUUAUUGCUCCUCCUCCAUUAUUGCUUGCCAAGGGAUUGUCCAAUGGAACUAGCGACCAGGGUCCUUCUUCCCUCGUCGGUGACUGGUAUCUGGUAUCUGCCGGUGUGGCUCCACCAGAUGCUGUUAUGCUGGAAGCUCAUGGAUGUCUUCACAGCAAACUCCCAAAUUUGGCAGACAAGGAAAUACGGCCCAGCCCCCCAUGCGAGAGGGGUUCACAUUUUGGGUCCAGAAUGGUUCCUCAGCUGGCUACAAUUCAGGACGCUCAUUUUCAGUCCAAAUAAAAAAGCCAAGUGCCCAAUACUCCUAUUUAUACACUUAAAAUAUUUAUUAAGUGAUAGUAGUGUAAUUAUUACUAUUAUUAAUUAUAUUAUUUCCACCACCAUUAUGGCGGGUUAAAAACCCCCGAGGUGGUGAAGACCAUUAUGACGGAUUAAAAUUUCCCGAGGUCGCUAAUGAUGCAUUAUUAUUGGCGUUAUUAUUUUUAUCACCGCCAUUAAACCAGGUCAGAAAACCCCAAAAUGGUAGACCCGAGCUCUAGUCCACCGAACAUCUUUAUUUGAUGAUACGGAUUAUAUUUAGGUCCAUCGACCUACCCUAGUCACUUUUAUAUGGUGACUCGGGCAUCUAAAAUUGAGAGCCGCU